AUGACCGCAUUCAAUGGACAUUUACCAGCUCACUUGGUAUAUGAAGAGAAUCUUAGUUUGUGUAGAGCUCGACUUAGGGAAUAUAAACCUAAAAAUAAUAAUAGGGGCAAGUGUUAUUAUCCCUUUAACCGGUACUAUAAAGAGAAACGAGAAUAUGACUACUUACUGAAGCAGCAUUAUGGCUUGAAGCAUAAGGAUAUAGUAAAUAAGUAUGUUAUGCGCGAACAUCGGAUAGCAUACGCCAAGUUCGUAUAUCUGACUAAUAUCAAAUACCGUAUGCUUCAUAAUGCAAUAGCAAAAUUACUUGCUGUUGAUUUAUAUGAAGAAUCUCUCAAUACGGAAAGAAAUUCUCCUAUCGGGCUUGCUUGCAAGUGGAGGCCAUCUCUACAGAAACAUCACGACAAGUAUACACUAAUAUGUACGACCAUUGCAAACAAUUUAGCAGACCUUAACAACAUUGUGCACCCUGACGGAAAAUGCCUGAUAACACAAACGCAUCUAAAUAGGCGGCAAUAUUUUGAAACAAUCAAAAAAAUGUGUAAGUACAAUCAUAUAGUAGAAAGUGUGAUCCCGCUCUGGUCGGAAGUACGCUAUGAACAUGUACCAUCUAAGAGUAUGUCGCUGCAUAAAAGUUCAUUUUUAAAACACGACACAGAACGAUUCACAGGUUUUGUGAAUAGCAAGGAAACAAAAGCCCAUGGAUCAGUAAUUAAACCAUAUGAAUUUGUGUCAAGUUUGAAAUAUUCUACAGAUGAUACGCUUGUGAAGCUAAUAGAAAAGCAGUGGGAGAAUCUAGUCUCCGAUUUCAAAAAUGCAAAUUUUAACCAGGCUAUAGCAGUUUGUGAUGUCUCGGGUUCUAUGAGUGGGGCCCCUAUAAAUGCUGCCAUUGGGCUUACUCUUCUAACAAUGGAACUUAUCAAUCCUCCAUGGUCUUAUUGCUGUAUAACAUUCGAUACAGUACCGCAAAUUUUCAAGGUGAAUCCCGAGUGGUCAUUAUCUCAACGAAUUCAAGAGUUGCAACAAAUGCCUUGGGGUUAUAGCACAAAUAUUGAUGCUGUCUUUACCUUGAUACUUGAUAUUUGUGUCGCCCAAAAUUUAACUCAAGAACAGAUUCCAAAAACACUCUUCAUCUUUACAGAUAUGGAAUUUGAUGUAGCGUCAGAACCAGAACAUACCAACAUUGAAGUGGCAAAAAUGAAGUUUGCAGAACAUGGGUAUAUCUUACCUCGGAUUGUAUUUUGGAAUUUGCGUGAUAGUUCAUCAAUCCCAAUAACUGCUACAGAAAAAGGUGUUAUGGUGUCUGGGUUCUCUGGAAAUCUGCUUAAGCUAAUAAGUGGAUGCGAUCUAGAUAAUAUAACUCCAGAAUUGUUUUUGAAUAUUAUUUUAGAAACCUACAGCCAAUUUACACUGUAA